GAAGAAGCAGAAGCAAUUCACAGAAAGAACAACAGUAAUAAGAAACCAGCAUAUGAGUGGCUAGAAAAAUUUCUGAAAAGAACAUUCUUUGAAUCAUGUACAACACAUCCUAUUAGAAGAAAUGAGAUAAAUAGAUAUUGCAUAAAUUGCAAUUUAUCAGCAUGCCAGUAUUGCAUGUCCUCAACCAAUCACAGGUACCAUAAAAUUCUGAAAAUAUAUAGACAUGUUUACAAGGAUGUUGUCUCUCUUGGAGCUAUGGAGAAGUACAUUGAUUGUUCUCACAUUCAGCCAUAUAAGUGCAAUAAGCGCUUAGUUAUAGCUCUGAAUCCUCUUCCACACUGCGGUCCGCUUUUGAGUACUGGAGUUUGUGACGUCUGCAAGAGAAGACUGGCUGAGCCUGAACUCUACAAUUACUGUUCUAUUUCUUGCAAGGUUACAGCAUUUGCAAUGAAGGCAAGUGAAUCAGAUCCUCCAUUUCUCUGCAUUCAGAUUCCAACUAGUAUAAGAAAAAACAAUGAGUCAAAAACAGAGAAACCCAGGGGAAGAAGGAAAGGCAUACCUUGCAGGGCUCCCUUCUUCUAAAAGAGUUAGUUAGUAUCUCUACUUUAUUUUGAAACCAAAUUGGUCUAAUGUAGUGGAGCACCAAAUAUUAGAAGUCUUUGGUCUUGAAGGUUGGAAUUUUCUUUGACAUUGGAAGUAACUGAUUAAAACUCUUCUUCUCUGUCUCUUCAUUUAUGCAAAUUCAUAAACAGCUUCUUUAAUUGGGAUGACAAA